AUGGCCGAGCAAACAGAACGUGCCUUCCAAAAGCAGGCUGGAGUCUUCCUCAACACGAAAGCCCGCAUCUUGGGCAUCGGCAAAGGAAAGAAGACCACCCGUUAUGUUCGCGAUAUUGGACUUGGAUUCAAGACACCAGCUGAGGCGGUCACUGGUAAAUACGUCGAUAAGAAGUGCCCAUUCACCGGAAACGUCUCGAUCCGAGGCCGAAUCCUCACCGGAGUCGUUGUCAAGGCCAAGAUGCAAAGGACGGUCGUGAUUCGACGAGACUACCUCCACUACGUUAAGAAAUACAGACGUUUCGAGAAACGACACCGCAACUUGUCGGCCCAUUGCUCUCCAUGCUUCCGUGUUGAUGUCGGAGAUCUCGUCACCGUUGGACAUUGCAGACCUCUUGCCAAGACCGUCACAUUCAACGUGCUCAAAGUCAACCGAGGACCAGGAAGCAAGAAAGCCUUCGAUAAGUUC